AUUAGCUGCUGUUUUUAGACCAGCAGCGGACCUGCAAGUAGUGGCGCAAUGGGGCACCUGCUCGCUCCAAAACUGCUGGCGCGAGGCCGUCAGCGGGAGGCAAAGAGCAAUUGCAAACAUUUAGGAUUCCCACCUACAUUCUGUCUAUACGAACCACGUCGGGUCAAACUUACACAACUCGGCGAAGAAGGGCUGAAGUUGCCGGGCAUCGUCGCCUUCUUGAGCUAGCGCCCAGAACCUCCUGUUCGCGCAUUGAAGCAAUACGUGCGCUUUCCAUAUUUUGCGUGGAAACUGAACAAGACGCUGGCACUUACCGAUUCCAGCUGGCCUCCGACACCCUGAGCCAAGGUGCUAGUAAUUUUUAGCGUUGUCACACUCGCCGAGAUGGUGCAACCAGUCUCGGUCCUCACGCCAGGCGUGCAGAGUGGACUUGGUGGACUAGGUGCUUCGCGUCCUGGGGCCUCCCAGGCUUGGCCGCGUCGACCUGCUGUUCUGAGUACAUUCCUGGGCACCUCCAUGCUGUGGCGUGGGCAUCGUGCGGCUUCUUCGACGGGUGGCCAUGUGGCGCAGCAUGUAUGCUCGGCGUCGUCCAAGUCGGGGCGCACAGUCAAGAUAACCCGGCGGCGUGGUUCAGGCCACAGCAGCAGCGGUGGCACGGGACUGGUGGCGGUGCCCGCCGACGGGCCCGCCACUUCGUCGGGACGAUACAGCGGCAGCAUGCUGGGCUCGGCCUCACGGACAACCUCCGGGCGGAGUACUACGUCGGCGCCGCCGCAAGUGCGGGAAGCGGAGUACCUGAGCUCGGACAAUGGCAGCGCUAGUGACACCAACGCAUUCGCGUGGGGCUGGUGGGAGUCGCUGCCAUCCCGCUACAAAAUCAUCGUGGGCACGGCAGUGUCGUUUGUCAUCUGCAACCUGGACAAGGUCAACCUGUCCGUCUGCAUCAUCCCCAUGGCCCGCGACUUUGGCUGGAGCCCCACCGUGGCGGGCCUGGUGCAGAGCGCCUUCUUCUUGGGCUACAUGGUGUGCCAGCUGCCGGGCGGCUACCUGAACAGCAGGCUGGGCGGCCGCCGCAUUCUGCCCGCCGGCGUGCUACUGUACAGCGCCGCAACCGGCGUGGUGCCGUGGGUGGCGGCCAGCGUGCCGGCGCUGUGCGUGUCACGCGCCUUUGUGGGGUUCGGCCAGGCCACGGCGCCCUCUGCUGCCACCGACAUGAUUGCGCGCGCUGUGCCGCCCAGCGAGCGCGCCCGAGCCGUCACUUUCGUCUUCUCUGGGUUCCACGUGGGCUCCAUCCUGGGCCUGCUGACGGCGCCCUGGCUGAUCCAGCAUUACGGCUGGCAAUCCGUGUUCGUGACCUUUGGCGCGCUAGGCUUCGUGUGGUGGCUGUGGUUCGAGCAGGGCAUCAUGUCGCGCAUCAAGGCUGAGGAGCCCGACUUCGCCACCCGCCUGGUGUCCGACUCGCGCCGCAUCGCGCCCAUGACCGACGCCAACAGCGUCACGUCCGCCUCCUCCUCCGUAGUCGUGACCAACAAGGCGGUGGCCAACCGGGGCGCAGGCGCGGCAGCCGCCGCGGCGGCGGCAGCUGCUGCCGCGGCGGAGCCGCCGCCGAUGCCGUGGCGCGCUUUCCUGCGGAGCACCCCGGUCUGGGCGCUGGCCUACACACACUUCGCCAACAACUGGUUCCACUACACCAUGCUCGCCUGGCUGCCCACCUACUUUGUGGACACGCUGUCUGUGGACCUGCUGCAUGCGUCCCAGACCGCGCUAUUGCCGCCUCUGGCCGGUAUUGCCGCCUCCGCCGCGGCCGGCGCCGCGGCCGACGCGCUCAUCAGCCGCGGCGUGCGCGUGCCGGUGGUGCGCAAGCUGGUGCAGGGCGUCGCCUUUCUGGUGCCCACGGCGCUGCUGCUGGCGGCCUGCACGCCGGCCAUCGCGGAUGACAGCGGCCUGACGGUGGCUGCCAUCACGGUGGCGCUGGGACUGAGCAGCUUCAGCCUGGCGGGACUGUUCUGCACACACCAGGACAUGUCGCCCAAGUACGCGCCCAUCCUGCUGGGCCUGACCAACACCACCGCCGCCGUCCCCGGCUUGCUGGGCGUGGCGUCCGUGGGCUACCUGUUUGAGCAGACGCAGUCCUGGGAGGCGGCGCUGUUCCUGCCCUCCGCCUUCUUCAUGGUCACGGCCGCCGCAGUCUACACGCUGUGGGGGCGUAACGACCCCAUCGACUUCGACGCCGCCGACAACGGCCCCUUCAGGUUUGAGUCGCGGAUCGCUGCGAUCAAGAAGGCCGUUGACGACGCCUUUGACUUUGGCCAGAAGCCCUCGGCCGGCACUGAUGUGGAGCGGGAGGUGGACGUGCCUGAGGUGCCGCCCCGGCCGCCCUCCAGCCUGCUGGGCCCCCUGGCCGACCUGGUCCGCGGCACCAGCAGCGCCACCGCCAGCGGCGACGACGGCGACGAGGGCGGCAGCGUGCGCCGCCGCGUCGGCGGCGCCGCCCGGAACGCCGCUGGCAGCGGGCGCCGGACCAGCGGCUCCAGCAGCUCGGGCAGCGGCCGGCGCACCACUGUCGGGAGCCAGAGCCGGCGGUCGACCGGUGGGAGCCAGAGCAAGGCGACUGGCGGCGGCCGCCGGGUGCAGGAGGCGGAGGAGGAGGGGCCGGGCGGCGUGUGGGAGCGACUGCGCGCGCUGCUGGGCCAGCCCCGCGAGUACUAAUCGCUCCCCGGCUGAGCGCCUUACUGGCCCAGGGCGCGUUGGAGCUGCUGCGAUGGUCGUUUGUACCAACAUAACUCAGGAAAUGCGGGCGGAUUUGAGAAUACGUGCGUAUACAGGUUUGGGUCCGCCAGAUUGUGCUCGGCCGCAGUGCGGGGCCACUCCUUCCCCCCCACCACCGACCCGCGCAACGGGCCCUGCUCGGGGGUCCAUGUCGAUCAGCUCGCCCAGCACCAAGGCCGCGGCAGCGGUGCUGCAUGCCUGGUUGCAGCCCGGGGCGUUUCCAGGAGAAUCGUGUUGCGGGCUUCUGUCCCCGCGUCGCGUGCGCCGUAAGAGGUGCUGUGCCCAGCUCUUCAUGAUUGGGUUGCGUGUGCUACGUGUGGCCUUGCAGUUGACGUGUUCAGGGCCGCUGUGAGCCUGCACGGCCCUCGUUGUGUGAUGUGACCAACUCGUAAUGUUAUGCAGGCGUGUGAUUCACAAGCUACAUAUUCAGGCCUGACGCGAUUGGUCUUCUGUGUUUGAUGUGAACUGGCAGGCGUUGGAGUAGAAAGACGGCUUUGCUGUUGCACCAGUGAGAGACGCGUGAAUGCGCAGACGGUGUAGAUUGGGAUGAGAAGGGCGGAGCGGGACGGAGAUAUCCCCUGUUGAUAUUGAUGCGGGGUGUGUGCGACUGCGUCCUGGUGCGCGAUGGUUUUACCGAUUCACCAUUGAUGCUUUGGUUGACGCACGGCUUUUGCGUUUUAUGUGCAUUUUGUUGCGGAACAGCCAGGCUGUGGUGACGUACCGCACGCUGACGACGUGCUGUGAGGGUCGGGACAGGCAUGCGGCGAUGCAGGAAGCCUGCAGGCUGCAGCCGUCCUCGGAUACGAGGGAGCUUCUUGACACGAAAUCAUGAUCUCGUGUGUGAGGCGGCUGGGGAGGGAGAUUUCCUGGUCAGUUUGGGACCGCGCUCCCCGGCUGCCGUGUUGCAUUGAAGUACGGUAUUAGGACGUAUCCAUAUUUGUGUUGACGGCCAUGCAUGCGAGACACUGGUCCAGAGCACAUGAGAGGCACUUACUGCUGCAAUGGUGACGAGCUAACUCCUGAAAUUCAAUCCUGGUACGACUGUCAGGGGGAUUCCGUGGCGCAUUUGUCUGGUGCUGGGUCCUGCUGCUUUGAUAUGGAGAUCGGCACGGCAUAUUCAUUCGGCAGCAGCGAUAUUGUGUGAAGCGCGUUCCUCCGCACUUUGGGUUGCGGGAGGUGUGCGUGGUGCCGAGAUUGCGGCAUCCAAGAUACAGGUGGAUGGGCAGCAUGUACCGCUGCAAGGGCUGUAAACGGGGUGCAGGUUGCGACCAACAGCCCCGUCGCAGGCAGUGGCGGUGUACCAAUUUCAGGUGUACGUGAUUGAACUUGGGGAAUCAAACAAAGCCGUACAUGCGGCUAAUAGUGGCAAGGCGGGGGUGGUUGGCCCCCGUGGACGGAUUGGCCACGAGAUACUUAGGCGCUCAUUCACGUCGGCUGCCGCGUCGGUGGCGGCGCUGUGUGAACGCAAUACAUUACACUUUUUUGUCAUGUGCGGGGCACUGGUUUGGCCGGUGGAGUGGGGCAGGGGGUGGGGCCUCAGAAGUUCGUCUGCUUAACGGUUUUGACUCCACUGUAUCAAGCUCAACGUGUCCCUGACGGGUAGAGAGUACACAAGAGCAGUGUACCACUGAGGAGACGCAGGCAAGGCGUGUCCCUGAAGCUGCAGAACGAGCCGACCGGUGUGUGCUGCUGAAUUGUAAUCCAUAUGGAGC